AAGCAUACAGACAAAGUACUACAGACAGAGUACCAAAUCCAUCCACAGCCCCGGCCAUGUCCUCCAAUGGCGACGAGGCAGAUGCGCCAAAGACAAAGUCACGCAAGCCAGCCAACACCGCAUUCAGGCAGCAGCGCCUACAAGCCUUCCUGCCUCUCCUCACACCCAAGACUGUCCUUCCGCUCUUCUUUGCUAUUGGCAUUAUCCUGGCGCCGCUCGGCGGAGGACUUUUGUAUGCCUCUAAUGAAGUGCAAAACAUCUCCAUCGACUAUACCCACUGCGCGACGCAGGCCUCGUCCACAGAGUCCACCAUCCCAGCCAAGUACAUCACUCGCAACUUCAAGUCAUCGGGCAAUGCAACGCAAAUCAACACGCCAGCAACAUGGACACUGAUUGCCAAUGCAACAGACCCAGACUCACCCGUGUGCCAGCUUCAAUUCACCAUCCCAAAUACCCUCGAAGGCCCUGUGUUGCUUUACUACAAGCUCACAAACUUCUAUCAAAACCAUCGUCGCUACGUCAAGUCUGUCUCGCAAGAUCAACUCGAUGGGAAAGCUAUUUCCGUGAGUUCCGCAGAUGACGAGUGUGACCCGCUCGGUAGUAAAGAUGGUAAAAUCUACUAUCCCUGCGGUCUCAUUGCCAAUUCUCAAUUCAAUGACUCCAUCAGUAUGCCAGUGCAAGUGGGCAUUCCCAACGCGCCCGUCACUUACCAAAUGAGUAAAGACGGGAUUGCCUGGUCUUCUGCAAAGAAGCGAUACAAGCAAACCACCUACACCGCAGAUCAAAUCAUCCCUCCACCCAACUGGACCAAACGUUACCCCCAGGGCUACAACGCAACCAACAUCCCAAACUUUUCAGAGGACUAUGAUUUCCAGAAUUGGAUGCGCACGGCUGGUUUGCCAACCUUCAGCAAGCUAUACUACAGACAAGACAAGACACCCAUGGAAGCCGGUACGUAUCAAAUCUCCGUGAUUCAAAGUUUCAAUGUCGAUGCCUAUGGCGGUACAAAGUCUAUUGUCAUUUCAACACGCUCCGUGAUUGGCGGACGAAACCCGUUCUUGGGCAUUGCGUAUAUCGUUGUUGGUGGGCUAUGUGUGAUUCUUGGCCUGAUCUUUACAGCAAGACACUUGAUUAAGCCGCGUAAACUCGGAGAUCAUCGAUACUUGACGUGGAAUCAAGGUGUCCCUGGUGGUCGUCAUGAGUAGAAGCAAAGCAGAGUGUUUACCUUGUAUU